AUGCAGCGGGAGGCGGAGGCGGCGGUGGCGCGGGUUCCUCGGCCGAUACAACGUCGGACGUAUGUCCCGCACGAGCACGACGUAGCUCACGAACAUCUGUUCGCAGAUUAUUUUGCCGAGCAACCACAGUGGGGCCCAAAUGUUUUCCACCGCUGUUUUAGAAUGAGCCGAGAUCUUUUUCUCCUCAUUGUGCACACGUUGGAGGGACGUGAUGAAUACUUCCGGUAUUGGGAAGACGGUAUCGGCGGACCCGGACUUAAGCCGCAGAAGUGCACGGUUGCGAUCCGGCAGUUGGCCUACGGCACCACAACGGAUAUGUUCGACGAGUACCUUCACGUCGGGGAUACAACUGGCCGCGAAUGUCUCAAGAAAUUUUGUAAGAUAGUUGUGGAGGCUUUGGCGACACAUAUUUGCGACGCCCGAGUGCUGAUGAUUGCCAGAGGCCGAUGA